GCACGAUAUGGGACCUUUAAAACAACUAUUUUUAAAUGCCAGUUCGUUGAAAUCAAUAUAUUGACAGGUUGGGAUAGACGUUAUAACAUCGUAGGAAACAAAAAUAUAAACAAAACAGUAAGAUAAUAAUUGGAUGGAUUAGGAUAAUAAAUGAGCCAAAACAAAUAACACCCACCCCUCCCACAGGAGAGUUGUACAAAAGGGGAGACGGGAUUUAUAGUAUUAGCCUAUAGAGACCACAGAAGAAGAAAUGAAGGAGUUGGGGCUCUGAACUUAUCAUAUUCUGGAGUUUGGAGAGUCAAAAUGAACUGAGAUCAAUUUUGUGUAAUUAUAAAAAAAAAAAGACAGAGAGCAAAAUAGAUAUAGGGUACAUAAUGACCCUGUUACAUUUGCAGUGCCAUGUUUUGUCUAUUUGGAAAGAUGUUGACUUUUUCCUAAGGAGGGGGUGUUUUAUCAUUAAAAGUUAGAUUGACACAACAUCUGUCCCACAAUGCAAUUGUGAGAAGUUGGAAAUUUGUGAUUUUGAUGAAUGCACUUUCGUUUUUAUUAUUUACUCCUGCACACUAGACAACAAUACCCAUUCCUUCUAGUUGAGUAGUUCCAGUGUGGAUGCUGUAGCAGUGAGGAGGUCUGUGUGAGAGGAGGAGAGCAGAGCGUCGACUCGUUCCUCUUCACUGUAGCUGUGGAGCUGCACAGAGAGGUACCACUCCUCAGCUGCUCCUGUCUUCAACUUGAUCUGAUCCACUUCACAGAAGACAAAACGACUAAAUGCAAUGCAAAUCAAAGUGUAAUCACACAUUUAUCUAGAUCCACUUGCCUCUUUCUUUCGGUCCAGCAGCUGGGUGGUGGCUGUAUGUGGAAGAAUCCAUCGCGCAUCAUCAUGCGUGAGUACUGGAUCGGUGGGUUGCGCUGCUGCUGCUGCUCCUCUUCCUCCUCUUCCUCUGGUCUGUAGGCUCGCUGCUGGCCACUCGGUGGUGAAACUGGGAGACACAAGAAGUUGGAGAGCACCGAGAGGAGUUUUGUCAGACUUGCCAAUGUGAACGACACUUCAGUACCAAGGACAGAUCCAAAAACCGCUGGCUGGCAAACAUGCUCAAAGUGAACAACAUCUGGACUCUGCUCGCCACAUGAAGACGCGCUGCACGCUGCCUGUGUGGAGAAGAGACCAGCAGAUACACAUCUAUAGUGCUACAACCAGGAAAUAUCAAACAUGCUGCCCCCACUGAGAGAAGACUUGAAAGCGAUCCGCCUCCAGACUCUGUGAACCUCUGCUCGUCUCUACUUCAGCCAGCUCAACGCUGCUACCUGAUCCUGCCAUGCUGAGUGUAGCGCUCUGCCCCCGGUCGUUGGCCACUUCUGCCCGUUAUUGGCCUCUCCACAUGCUGCUGCUGGACCUGCUGAUACCAGGGGUCCUGCCCAACAUCUCCAGAUUACCGCCCCCGGCCAAACGCGAGAUCAUCAUGGACGGGGACUUGGUGAUCGGAGGCCUGUUCCCGGUGCACCAGAAAGGCGACGGGACGGAGGACUGCGGUAAGAUCAACGAGGAGAGGGGGAUCCAGCGGCUGGAAGCCAUGCUGCUGGCACUCGAUGAGAUUAACGCCAGCGAUCGCGUCCUCCCCGGACUCCAGCUGGGGGCCCACAUCCUGGACACCUGCUCCAAGGACACAUAUGCUCUGGAGCAGUCUCUCGAUUUCGUCAGGGCCUCCCUCACCAAGGUGCACGAUCCAGGCUUCAUCUGCCCAGACGGCUCCAGACCCGUCCAAAACGAGGUCCCGCUGGCCAUCUCUGGGGUCAUUGGAGGCUCCUACAGUGACGUUUCCAUUCAGGUGGCCAACCUCCUGCGAUUGUUCCAGAUCCCUCAGAUCAGCUACGCCUCCACCAGUUCAAAGCUCAGCGAUAAGACCCGCUAUGACUACUUUGCCCGCACUGUACCCCCUGACUUCUACCAGGCCAAGGCCAUAGCAGAGAUCCUGCGCUUCUUCAACUGGACCUACGUGUCAACAGUAGCGUCAGAGGGCGACUACGGCGAGACCGGCAUCGAUGCCUUCCAGCAGGAGGCCCGCACUCGCCAAAUCUGCAUCGCCACCUCAGCCAAGGUGAGCCGCUCCAUGAACCGCCAGGGCUAUGACAACGUGAUCCGCGCUCUGCAGCAGAAGUCCAACGCCAAGGUGGUCAUCCUGUUCACGCGAAGUGAAGACGCCCGCGAGCUGCUGGUGUCCGCCGCUCGCAUGAACAGCACCUUUACCUGGGUAGCCAGCGACGGAUGGGGAGCGCAGGAGAGCGUGGUGAGGGGCAGCGAGAUGGCAGCAGACAGGGCUUUCACCAUCGAGCUGGCCUCCUACCCAAUCAGAGAGUUUGAAGACUACUUCACCAAGCUGAACCCGUACACCAACACGAGGAACCCGUGGUUCAAAGAGUUCUGGGAGCACCGCUUUGGCUGCAGCCUCCAGGAGCCCGGCUGCAGUGAACACAGCCUACGAGAUGGAACUUUUGAGCAGGAGUCCAAGAUCAUGUUUGUCGUAAACGCGGUCUACGCCAUGGCCUACGCUCUGCACAACAUGAGGCAAGCCGUAUGCUCCAACGCAUCCAAGGUGUGUGAUGCUAUGAAACCAGGUAACGGCAAAAGGUUCUACAAGGAAUUCAUCUUGAAGACCAAGUUUGAGGCUCCGUUCAGACCCGUCGACACACAGAACAUGGUGCGCUUUGACGCUUUUGGCGACAGCAUCAGCCGCUACAACAUCUUUCAUUACCACCAAGAAGAGGGGAAGUUCGUCUACAGGAAGGUUGGCUACUGGGACCAGAUCCUGACCCUGAACACCAGCCUGGUGCCAUGGCGUGACAUUGUCCCGCCCACCUCCCAGUGCAGUGACCCCUGCAGGAAGAACGAGGUGAAGAGCAUGCAGCCUGGAGACGUGUGCUGCUGGAUCUGCAUCCCCUGUCAGCCCUACCAGUACCUGAUUGAUGAGUUCACCUGUGCUGACUGUACCUUCGGUCGGUGGCCUCUGGAUAACCUGAGUGGCUGCUACGAUCUGCCUGAAGAGUACAUCCGGUGGGAGGAUGCCUGGGCCAUCGGGCCCGUCACCAUCUCCUGCCUUGGUAUAGGGUGCACUCUGUCAGUAGUGGGCCUGUUCUUCAAGCACAACGACACGCCCGUGGUUAAAGCAAGUGGACGUGAACUCUCUUACAUCCUCUUGGUGGGAGUGCUGAUGUGCUACCUCAUGACCUUCAUCUACAUCGCCAAACCUUCCACUGCUGUUUGCACCCUACGCCGACUAGGCCUGGGCACCUCGUUCGCAGUGUGUUACUCAGCUCUCCUAACCAAGACCAACCGCAUCGCUCGCAUCUUCAGCGGGGUGAAGGACGGAGCCCAGCGGCCACGCCUCAUAAGCCCCGCCUCCCAAGUAGCGAUCUGCGGCGUCCUCAUCUCCUGCCAGCUGCUGGUGGCCGUGAUCUGGCUGCUCGUGGAGGUGCCAGGGGUUCGGAAGGAGGUGGGCCCGGAGAGGAGAGACGUGGUCACCCUCAAGUGCAGCAGCAGGGACUCCAGCAUGCUCAUGUCACUCACCUACAACUGCGUCCUCAUCAUCCUCUGCACCGUCUACGCGUUCAAGACGCGGAAGUGCCCCGAAAACUUCAACGAGGCCAAGUUCAUCGGAUUCACCAUGUACACCACCUGCAUCAUCUGGCUCGCUUUCCAGCCCAUCUUCUACGUCACUGCCAGCGACUACAGGGUGCAGACCACCACCAUGUGCAUCUCCGUCAGUCUGAGCGGUUCGGUGGUCCUCGGCUGCCUCUUCGCCCCCAAAGUUCACAUCAUCCUGUUUCAGCCCCAGAAAAACGUGGCCUCGCUGAGAGUCACGGCCAACCGCUUCAGCGCCACAGUGUCCGCUUCUGCCUCCGCUCCCAGCUCCAGCUACUCUAAAGGAUCAGCCUCUAACUACGUACCGGCGGUUUGUAACGGCCGUGAGGUGGUGGACUCUACAACGUCCUCUUUGUGAAAACAGGGUUCCUCUCUAAGCACAAGAGACCAUCCCAUCAUCCCUCAUCCGUCCAUCAGAUGGGGCUGUAUACGACAGACCCCCUGUGCCAUUCAACAUGCUGCAGAGAGAUAACUCUGUCUGGGUAGACUGACUGACAGUGGCGAGGGUAUAACUCUUAACUGUGAAAGCUAAAUGACGUUCCUACAGCGAGCAGUAUGUAUCAAUUGUAAAGCCUUUUUGUAUAGAUUUAAUAUGCUGUGAUCUCCUCGGUUUACAGGUAGAUGUGAUUAAAUGCACCGUGCCUUGUCCUAAAGAGUCUUGUUGUCAAAUGGGUGGUUGUGAAGCAAUAGUGUUAUACUAAACAAAAGGCUGUUCUUAUCUUGUCCUUACAGUGCUGUGAAUAUAUCCAAAUGUUGUAGACAUCGACGAAAAAAAAUAAAUGCUAUGAAUUCAAUUUAGCCCUUCUGUUCUACAAAAUAUGUGACUAACCUUUGUGAACGUGAUGAAAAGUAGGCAACUAGACAAUAUACAGGACGUGUGUUAUUAAUGUAGAACAGUGUGUGCUUUCCUGUAAUUUAUGUAAAUAAAAUGUUUUUUUAAUAUUAAAAGAUUAAAUGUG